AGCUAGAACUGGAAAUGUAGGUAGCAGUCGGUGGUGGAGUUUUUCAGCACGAUGAGCUCUCCUAGGGUUUUUUGGUAGCGCCUAGAUUUUCGGAUGGCGCAGGCCCCUGACGCUCUACAUCUGGUUGGAUCGCUGUCCUCAUCGUCGCAGAGAUCGCUGCUGCAAAACGGCAAAGAGGUGAGUAGUGAUCUUGGCAAGACGCUCGAGGAUGAAGCGCGGCAGCAGCAGCAGCAGGAGGCGAGCGAGCGAUGGCGGAUUUCCAAUCUAGCGUUCUUCCAGCGCCUCACUCUGGGCUACUCCUCGUUGGCAUCGCAAGCCCAGCCAGUAUUAUCCCCGACCAAGACCUUCCGCAGGAUCGCCAUAGCCCGAGAGCUCGUUUCGAUCAACACCCCCGACGUGGAGGAGCCCGCGAGCAGCAGUCACGGGAUCCGGCUGAGAGAGGGCGUCAACCUUCCAGGGGUGGGCGAAAUUCGCUGGAAGAUCAUGAAGAACUACGCCAUGGAGUGGCUGAAAAAUCCCAAGAACUUAGCUCUCCUGGUGUGGAUCCUGGCGGUGGCGGUCUCGGGGGCUAUUCUCUUCAUGGUCAUGACGGGCAUGCUCAACCAUGCCAUUCCCAAGAAGAGCUCCAGGGACGCCUACUUCGAAGUGAACAACCAGAUACUCAACGCUCUCUUCACGCUCAUGUGUCUCUACCUUCAUCCCCAGCGCUUCCUCCAUCUCUAUCAGCUCCACCGCUGGAACAGGUCCGACGUCCUUGCGCUCCGGAAGAUCUAUUGCAAAGACGGUCUGAGGAAACCACACGAAUGGGGUCAUAUGCUCGUCGUGGUGAUCCUCCUCCAUCUCAAUUGCUUCUCACAGUACGCGCUGUGUGGACUCAACUGGGGGUACAGGAGAUCGGAGAGGCCAGCGAUCGGAGUGGCGGUGUGCCUGGCAGCAGCAAUCGGCUGCGCUGCCGCGGCUGGGAUCUACAACACUUUGAGCCCGCUGGGAAGAGACUACGUCCAGGACGAAGAGGCCGGCCAGCUACACCUCCAUGAGGAUCUAGAAGCCGAUGCUAGACCGUCUAGCAUCGGUCGCACAGGUGGUCGGUUCUACAGCCUUUUGGAACGUAGGAAGUCUUUCGCUUCGAGAGAUGGCAAGCUGGUGGAGCGGCCCGAGUGGCAAGGUGGUGUUUUAGAUUGCUGCAUGGACCGGGAGGUGGCGCUCAUGUCUACGCUGUGUGGAUUCUGCGUCUUCGGGUGGAACAUGGAUAGGCUGGGUUUCGGCAACCGGUUCGUCCACAUUGCGACGUUCUUGCUCAUAUGCUCGGCUCCAUACUGGAUCUUCCUUCUGGCAGCGGGCAACAUCGACAACAGGUACGUGAGGCAGGGGCUGGGAUUCGCAGGGAUAGUGCUGUGCGUCUUCGGGCUCAUGUAUGGUGGUUUCUGGAGGAUCAAGAUGCGGACAACUUUCGGGCUUCCUGGUCAGAGGUGGUGCUGCGGGCAGCCGAAUAUGACAGACUGUGCACUGUGGAUGUUCUGUAGCCUGUGCUCGCUGUGUCAAGAGGUCCGAACGGCAGCUCGCUACGACGUCCGCGAUGACAAGUUUUACGUCAAGGAACCGACAAGGAAUCGGGAAGGCUCGUCGUUUUCGUCGUCAUCGCCAUCGCCAUCGUCUUCGCCCAAGCCGUCUCCGCUGGGUCGAGAGCAGGCCAGCAAGGCACCGUUUGACACGGAGCUCAAGGUGGAAAUGGAGAUGGUUGCUCCAUCGCCAGUGGUCGCGGACAGGAAUGAGAUAUUGGAGAAGAGCUCUUGAGCGAGCCAGUUCUUCUCAACUUGAUAUUUGGAGCUAACAAAACCAAAUGCUUUCAGGCAGCCGUAGGAGCUGCUGCUGGUGUUUGGCUGCUCACUU